GCAAGCUAUCAUCAUCACUUGCCCAGAGUCUUUCUUCUCCCUUUCUUCCCAUUUCCUGGGGAGCAGCAGCUCUGCCGUUUCCCUUUGUUGGCCUUCCCAUCGUCUUUCUCAGUCUAACGAUCCACUUCUACUGAUCAUUCUUCUCGGAGGCUAUCUACGAUUUCCUUAUUCUAAACGUACCAGUUCUCACUCACAUUCCGCAGAAGGGAUGGCAUCCAGCUCGCUCUCCCGCAGCUCCAGCUCCACCUGGACUGCUAAGCAGAACAAAUUGUUUGAGAAGGCGUUGGCCAUUUAUGACAAGGAUACUCCUGACCGCUGGCAGAAUAUCGCCAAGGCCGUGGGCGGGAAAACUGUGGAAGAAGUAAAGAGGCACUAUGAGAUCCUGAUAGAGGAUCUCAACCACAUCGAGUCUGGGAAAGUGCCCUUCCCCAAUUACAAGAUGACUGGGGGGAACAAUAACAAAAGCAACGGCGUUGCCGAAGAAGAACAAAGUGUUCAGAAUCCAUGGCUGGUCAAUACAAGUGGGCCUUUUUCUUCCUUGAUCCAUAGGUCAGGAGAGUAUUUGCUGACAUCAUGAGUCAUCACUACACAACAGCAAGUUAAAGGCUGAAGUAUCUCAGGCUUUAGUUAGAUAGAAUCCAGAUCCACUACAAUAAAGAUCUACUACUCUUCUGGUUUCUGCUUUAGAGACAGGUGCAGUGUUGAAAAAAAGAAUCUCCACCUGUGAUUCUUCAUUUUCUCCUGUUCCUCUUGACUGUUAUAAAUUUACUCUUCUGUUCCUAUAAAUGUACUGGGUAAGAGUAUUAGAUCUAUGUCUUCUAGACCAUAUGUUGUUCCCACUGUAAUGGAUUCUUAAGUACAGAGAUGGAUUAAUAUAUUUGGUCUAACAGAUUAA